AUGAAGUCACUCAAAGACUUGUCCACAAUACCUGGUGCCAUCAAUCUUGAGGACUUUACCGUAUCAUUUCCUGAUGAAGUGGAGCAAGAACUUAGGCUUGCGUAUGGUGAGCCGCAUUGGUCGAAUUUAAAGCGUGCUCUUGCCCGACCGCCCGCAUUUACUGCCGUCCGGGUUAACACUCUCAAGUUAUCACGAGAUGAAGCUUUGCAGGCCUUAAAGGUUCAUCUCGACAGAAUUCAUGCGGAAUUAGCUACCCGGGAUACCAGUCAUCAGCCAUUUAAAGCCUUCGCUCACGCUUCAUUGCCCGACGUGGUGAUGAUACCAUCAUCGCUUGACAAUCAGCAUUCUAUCAAGUAUAAUUCGAACCUUAAGAGUAUUGUGGUGGAUCGACUUUGCGGUGAAGCAGUGCUACGUGGCAGUGACAUAUUUGCUCGAGGAGUCAUGAGUGCCAGCUCUGGCAUCAACGCCGAAGACGAGGUCAACGUCUUUGUUGAUUUAGACCAUAAUCACACAAGAGGAAGCGACUUUAUUACACACGAUGGACGCAAGCUACUGAUUGCAAGUGGUGUGACCAAAAUGGCACGAGCAGAGAUGUUCCGAGCUGUGCGAGGACUUGCAGUGACGCAAUUGAUGAGGGUUUGUCCGGAUGCACCUCCACUAAAUGGCGUGUUGCAAGGCGAGAUCUAUGUGCAAAAUCUACCGUGCUCAGUUGUAGCACAUGUUUUAGAUCCGCAAGAAGGUGAUGUGAUUCUUGACAUGUGUGCGGCUCCAGGAGGCAAGACAUCACAUAUUGCGACAUUAAUGAAAAAUCGAGGAAUUCUAGUAGCGUGCGAUCGAUCAAAACGCAAAGCGCUCGAGCUGCGAAAGCUCUGUGAAGAGUUGCGUCUUGAUUGCGUUGAACCAUUGCAAAUGGACUCGACGCAUGCCUUGCUUUCGAAAGAAAAAGUGUCUUUGGCAUCACAAUAUGAUGAAUACACGAGCGUUGCACAGGUUAUUAUGCGAGCGAAGCAAAGCACAUCAAAACAAGCGCGACUGCUACAAAUAGAGGGAUUUUAUCCGGAGACAUUUGACCGUAUAUUACUUGAUCCACCCUGCUCGGCACUUGGAUUGCGUCCAAGGUUGCUUCACGCUGGUGACACCGCUAAUCUUGCCGAGUAUUGCAAAAUGCAGCGCAAUUUUCUAUGGAUUGCUGCCUCUUUGCUUAAACCCGGUGGUAUUCUCGUAUAUUCCACAUGCACAAUCAAUCCAAAGGAAAAUGAACAGAUGGUGCAUCAUGCGUUACAAAGCUAUCCGUUCAAACUCAUUUCUCAAGGUGAUGCACAUCUUGGUGAGUGUGGUCUUUCUCACCAAGGUCUUGAUGAUAAAGAAGCAGCCCUUGUACAGCGCUUUGACCCAGCGAAUGCCGAUUUAGACACAAUGGGCUUCUUUUGUGCCAAGUUUAUUAAGACAAGAUCCACUAGACAGCAAUAA